UGAUAACGUAAAAGGAAUUGGAAACCAUUACUGUUCUCUUUCCCGAUCGUAAGCCGGCACCGGUUCACUAAAAGAACCGAUAUCACUUUAUUAGUAAGUUUUUCAUAAACGUAAAGCCUUUAAAAUUUGUGAGCCUUUUCUCCGUAUAAAAAGUAGACGAACGCGAAGCGGCUUCGAGAAACAGUGCUCGUCGCAUAAGUAUGGCAGCAGUAGACUUUUAUCAGAAUCAGCAGCAAGCCGAUGGCCAGAAUCAAAAUCCACAGGCCACGGCUGGUAUCCCUGGCAAGGAUGACGAGCGAAAACUCUUUGUUGGAGGAUUGUCCAGGAACACAACCGAAAACGAACUCCGGGAACAUUUUGGGAAAUUCGGCGAAAUUGAGAGCGUCUCUGUAAAAAUUGACCCCUAUACUGGAGUUUCCCGAGGUUUUGCGUUUAUGGUCUUCACGAAUCCGAAAACCAUUGACAAAUUAUUGGCGUCAGGCGAACAUUACAUCAACAAACGUAAGGUGGAUCCGAAACGAGUAAGCAAAAAGGCACAACAUGGAAAGAUAUUCGUGGGUGGACUGACUCCAGAAAUCACGGACGAUGAUAUCAAGACGCAUUUCGGUCAAUAUGGAACGGUCGUGGAGUUACAGGCUCCAUUUGACAAGACAAAAAAUCAACGUAAGGGUUUCUGUUUCGUCACCUUUGAAUCGAGAGAUGUCGUUUAUAAGCUGUUAAAGAUUCCAAAACAAAAAAUUAAUGGCAAGGAUGUUGACGUAAAAAAAGUCAAGGUCAAUCCUGAUCCAAGGGCUCAAGGAUUUUGGGGACCUGGAUUUGGAUAUGGCGGUUAUGGUGGCGGUUACGGAUACAUGAGCGGCGAUGGAUUCAACGGUUAUCAUGGAUACGAUGAUCCGUACGCAAACUAUGAUUACGCUGGUUAUGAGGGCUACGAGAAUAUGGGAUACGGUCACAUGCCAGGUAAACCAAGAAAUGGACCAGGUGCUGGUCCACGCCAAUUUCAAAGACAUCAACCAUAUUAAUUAUGAUGGUUUAUGAAUUUUUUUAAAAAGAACUCGUGAAUUCUUUUUGGCGUUUAAAGGGUAUAGUAGGAGGUAAAUCGACUCUGUUUUCAUUGCUGUGCAUAUUGAACAGAGAGAAUUCCUCCAAAUAAUCCCUAAAGAAAACAAACAAAAAAAAAAAUAUCGUGCGCUGUACAUUUACUGUAAGCUGACAAUUUUUAAGUCAUAUACCCCGGUGUUGCCAAUCAAUUCAUCUUGGUCAUUUGUAAGGUUCGCAGUUCUUCCAAGAAAAGUAUCCUUCCAAUUUUCGCAAAAGGCGGUUGUUCGUUUUGCCUCCUAUUAUACUAAAAAAAAUAAUAAUAAUAAAAAAUUAAAAAAAAAAAAAUUCAAAACCUGAAUGUCCUAUUUUUAUAUGUACAAUGGCAGGAACGCGAAAAUUAAAAUCUUAAAAAAAUUUUUACUUCAUAUUGAUGAAGAUAUUUGAAAUUAAUAAUUUUUUUCCGGUUGUAGAAAGUUUAAUCAACUUUAUUGCAUGAUACCUGCCCGAGCAUAAUUUAUAUAGAAAAAAAAUUAAUUUACAGAAAAGGAUACCAGUUUGAUUUGUCUCCAUAUUUUUGUUUCUUUUCUUUUUUUAAUUAAGUACUAAUUUGUACAUGUAAUAAUUUAAUACUCUACUGUUAGUAAGAACCCUUAGAUCAGUGUUACUUGCACGUCAAGAUUCGAGUUUAAGUGAACCGUACUCGACAUAGAUCUGUACAUAAUUAGAGUUUUGUACGGUCUACGUACGAGAGAGUGAGAGAGAGUGAGAGACGCUCCUCCAAGGUUCCUAGAACCUUGUUGUUUUAUUAAAAUAUACUUCUUCCUUUUUCAAAUAAAUAAAUAAAAAAAAAUCAAGAUUGUAAUAACAUUAUAUAUUCUCCUGUAAUUGUUAAUCUCAAGUUAAGGGUUCUAACUUUUAAGAAUAUAAACCGAGACGUGCAUAAUCACGUUUGCACGUGAUUAUACACAUCUCCAUUUAUUAUUUUUCAAUCUGCGUGUACAACGCGCAAUUAUAAUAUGAAUUAGAUAUUUACAGUUAGGAAUUAGAAGAAAAGUAAAAAUAUUUCAAAAAAUAAAUAAAAUAAAGUGUAUAAUUAAAAUAUGAACGUUUGCGGCAUCGACAUUACGCAACAGCGACUGAGAGUUCAGAGGUAUGUAAUCUUUUCAAAAAUGAAUUUGACUUUUAAUGAGACAAAAGAAAAAAAAGAGACAGAAAAAACGAAAAUAAAAUACCCGAACUCUGUUACUCGCGCGUUGCUGUUUUGUCCAGUGCUGUGUGAAAAUGAUACGAAUAUGGCGAUAAUAUUAACACCGUAUAAAAACCCAACAAAAAAAAAAAAUUAUGAACAAAAUAUUAAAAAGUUUUUCUUGAUGCAAAAUUCUAUAAUAAAAAAUAAAUAAGAACAAAAAAAUGGACUGGUGAAACGCUCAUGGCAGUAUACAACCGACAUGAAGUGGCCUGGACAACUUUUAACCAUUUCUUUCGCAUUUGUAACUAUAUAAAUAUAACGAGUCCUUUAAAGGAUAUGAAGAUUAUAUCUUCAUAUCGCGCGAAGUCUAGUUAUCGUAUAUAUAUAGCAUAUCACUGUUAGUGAUAGAGGCCAUAGUAUACCUUGCAGAUAGGUACACUUACGAUUUAAAUGAAAGAAGAAUUUACAAUUAAGUAAACGAAAAACAAAGGCCCAGAAUAUUAAAAAAAAAAAACAAACAAACAAAAUACCCUGAUAAGAUCUAAGAGAAAUUUUUUUUCGGCAAUUGUAGCAUUUAUGAAAUUUAACAGACUAGAUGCAUCUCAAUUGCAUUAAAGUUUGUACAUCGAUAAAUUUUGACACCUUGUUUCGGACCUAAUCUUUUUUUUUUUUUUUUUAAAUUAUACAAUAAUGAAAAAAGAGGAAAAAAAGCGAAUUCACAAAAGUAUUAGCAGUUUGGCUUAAAGGGAAACGUUUUUAAUUGUCUAUCAUCAUAAACAAAAAAUUUAUAAAAAGUAAGUUGUAAUUCUGGAAGAUUUUAAGCCAGGCUAAAGGUGCUUUUGAAUUUAAAUCUGUAUACUAUGUAUACUGUAUUUGCUGUGUGCGAGACAAAUAUAGAUUUAUAAAAAGAGAGAGAAACAGUGUGUGGAACAAAAGAAAAUAUGACGAAUAUUUUGUUACUAUUAAUACUAUUCGCUUGUUUCACCCAUGACACAGUGUAUAUUUUAAUUAUAAACAAAAAUAAAAGGCCCAUUAUCUCCGACGCCAUUAUAUUAUCGACUUAUUCGUUUACCGCUUUAUUAUUAUUAUUAUUAUUAUUAUUAUUAUUAUUUUAAGUUUUUUCGAUGUUUGUCUGUAAUUCAACACAAUUAUCUUCGCUUUAUGAUGUCUUUUUUGGGUUUGUUUCAAUUUACUAUUAUUAUGAAAGAAUACAGAAUAUUUAGAUUUAUCAUUUUUAUUAUCAUUUUUUUGCAUGGACACUUAUAUUCUUUUUUCUCAUGAUUUAUAUAAAUAUAUAUUAUAUAUAAUUCAGGCUUAAUAUUUUAUUAUGCGUUAUAUGAAUAUUGAAUUAUAUUCAUCGUAUUAAAAAAUAGUUACAGUGUUUGUUAACAAAUGCAGGGAAAGAUAUAAAGAAAAUUUCACACAAAAAACAAAAAACAAGGAUUUCGUGCAUAUGUCUUACUUGAUUCUCUAUUUUAUUAUAUUAUUUGAUAUUUUCUCUAAUUACGAGUUAUCUUCCAAUAUUUCAAUUAUGUAUUUCAUUUUUUGAACAAUUAAAUAAAUAAUAUUAUAUUAUUAUUAUUA